AUGGGCCCCAAGAAGAAGAAUGAUGCCCGUGGAGGCCCUAAGCCUGGCACAAAGCAGGCCAAGGCCGCUGCGGAGCGAUCGGGCGAAGCCCAAAAGCAAGCACCAGAAGAGCCCAAGAAGCCGUCCGUGAAGGAGGUGAUUGGUGGUGCGUCAUGGACGGGGAAAUUGCCCGUCAACAUGCUUUCGGAGCAUUGUCAAAAGCAAAAGUGGGAGAAGCCGGAGUACAGCAUGGCCGCUAAUAUCAAAUCUGAAUCGCGACGAUGGCAGAUUAAAACCAUCGAUGGGUUCGUAUCCACCGUGACGCUGAAGCGAGUAGAUUCAAAGACCAAGGAGCUGGUCGUUCUCCCACCGAUGAAGCUGCCACCGUCCCAUAAGCAUCUGGCGGCGCAAACCACGGCCCUCGAGGCCCGCCAUUUCGCGGCCGCAUAUGCUCUGUUUCGGGUCUGCAAUAUGCGCAACCUCCACAUGAUGCUCCCACCGGCAUACAAGAAGCUAUGGAAGGAGGACUUUACGGAUAUCAAGGCAGCCGAUAUACGCGAAGGCAAGGCCUUCAUGUACGAGGCGGACCCGUUCCUAGCCAAACAAGAACGGGAGAGUGCGGCAGCCGAUUUUGAAAAGAAGAGGGCGGAUCGUGAAAAGACCCGAGCGAAGGAAAAGGCCACCAACGUGGAUUUGGGUUUGGGCAGUGGUGACACCAAGGGACGGCGAAUCUGGUCGCAAGCACCCAAGGUGGAUAUGGGACAUCGGAUCCGCCGAGAAAUCGAGGGUCUGUUACGCAAGCAUACUAUUUGGAACCCGUACGGAGUUAGCAUUCCGGAAAACGAAAGGAAAGCCAUCGGCGAGGAGUUCACUGGUCUCGGCUUCCGGCGCAGCCAUGUGGAAGAGGCUGCGGCAGAAUGCAAAGACCGUGAAGAAGUGCUGGAAUGGCUUCUGGUUUAUGUCCCUGAAGACGACCUUCCCCGGUGGAGUCUGCCCGAAGGAUAUUCAGCCGGUGUCAGUCUUGCUGCGGGCGACCUCGCUCGGGAAGACAAGAUCAAGCGACUUGCCUCCGUGGGCUAUCCGGCUGAUCUGUGCUCUCAAGUGUUGGAUAGCAAGGGCGGUAAUGAACUCGCGGCGGCGGAGCUUUUGCAAGACACUUUGGCCCACGGGUCAGAAUACGCACCCACCUCGAUUCCUGAUGAGGAUGCAGAGGCAUGGACCGAAGAACAGUCUGCACUGGAGGCUAUAUUUGGAGAACGCUACGUUCGUGUCUCAGAGAAGGUCUGCGAGAUCAAAAGCGAGGCCUUGAAUCUCCCAGAGAACACUUCAUUUCGCUUCCAACAACCGUCCACUCACUAUCCCACGACGCCGCCGGUCAUCUCAAUCCAGGCCAAGGGCAUCCCGGCUUACAUACGGCUCAGUGCAAUCCGCCGAGCAAUCAAGUAUGCCGAGGAAAACUUCUCUGGCGAGCCAAUGAUUUUCAACAUCCUGGAUUGGCUGGAGAUGGGCAUGCCUGAAAUCAUGGAGAACCCGGGAAAGCUUCGAGAGAUCUCUACCGUGACAGCAUUGCCAGUUGGCCCUACGCAUGAGAUUCAUGUGCGUCCGACACGCAAGCAACGGCGAGGUAUUGACUGGAAAGCCAAUUCCCCACAGAGUCUGGCCAUCCAAGAAGCUUGGGAGGCCAAGCAAGCGAGCGCAGCACAAAUGGAGAUGUCUCGGAAACGACAAUCUCUGCCUGCAUGGAACACCCAGGAUGCCAUUAUCCAGGCCGUCAACUCGCACCAAGUCACUAUUAUCUCUGGUGAAACCGGUAGCGGAAAGAGUACACAGUCAGUACAGUUCGUGCUGGACGAUAUGAUCAAGCGUGGACUGGGAGGUGCUGCCAACAUCAUUUGUACGCAGCCUCGUAGGAUCUCGGCCUUGGGUCUUGCCGAUCGAGUGAGCGACGAACGAUGCUCAUCCGUCGGUAAUGAAGUUGGAUACGUGAUCCGAGGCGAGUCAAAGCUCAAGCAGGGCGCGACGAAGAUCACAUUUGUGACCACCGGUGUUUUACUGCGCCGGAUUCAGUCCGGUGGUGAUGCUGAUGGUAAUGUCGCAAGCUCUCUUGCAGAUGUGUCGCACGUUGUGGUGGACGAGGUCCACGAGCGCAGCCUAGACACCGACUUCCUUCUAGCGCUUUUGAGAGAUGUCCUGCGUCAUCGCAAAGACCUCAAGGUCAUUCUCAUGAGUGCCACACUUGAUGCAGGCAUCUUCAUGGAUUACUUUGGGGGCAAGAAGUCGGUUGGUCUGAUUAACAUCCCCGGACGCACAUUCCCGGUCAAAGAUUAUUACUUGGACGAUGUUGUCCGGGACACCGGCUUUGCUCCAGAGUUAUGCGACAGCUUCGAAGAUGAUCCAGAUGCCACACGUGGUGAGGAAUCUCUCGGUAAAGCUCUGCGGAGUGUUGGCAUGGGAAUCAACUACGAGUUGAUUGCAUCCACCGUCCGAUACAUCGACGCUCAACUAGGGAACCAGCCAGGAGGAAUCCUAAUCUUCUUGCCCGGUACAUUAGAGAUCGAGCGGUGUCUGACUGCGGUGAAGAGAAUCCCCAGUACACAUCCCCUGCCCCUGCAUGCGUCUCUGCUUCCGGCUGAGCAGCGCCGUGUGUUCCAGAGUCCACCCAAGGGAAAACGCAAAGUCAUUGCCGCCACCAACGUCGCAGAGACCUCGAUCACCAUCGAGGAUGUCGUUGCCGAUAACAUGGUCCGCCUCCAAGAGGUGUGGGCAUCACAGGCCGCCUGCAAGCAGCGACGUGGACGUGCAGGACGAGUCCGUGCAGGUACCUGCUACAAGCUGUACACCCGCAAGGCCGAAUCUAACAUGGCGCAACGGCCAGACCCUGAGAUUCGCCGUGUUCCUCUGGAACAAUUGUGUCUGUCUGUGAAAUCUAUGAAGGGCAUGGACGACGUUGCCACGUUCUUAGCAAACACAAUCACGCCUCCCGAAAGCAUAGCUGUCGAAGGCGCAUUGAACUUCCUACACCGUGUGGGAGCCCUGGACCAUGACCGGCUAACUGCGCUGGGUCGGUAUCUAUCCAUGAUCCCGGCGGAUCUGCGAUGCGCAAAGCUGAUGAUCUAUGGAUCGAUCUUCGGCUGCAUGGAGUCCUGCCUAACACUCGCGGCCAUCCUCACGGUCAAGAGUCCGUUUGUCUCUCCGCGCGAGAAACGCGACGAAGCCGACGCCGCCAAAGCCAGUUUCUCCCGGCCCGGCGACGGCGACCUCCUCACCGACCUCGCCGCCUACCAGGCAUGGUCCGAACGAGCCCGCGCCCAGGGCAACUGGCAGACGCAAUCCUGGUGCGGUGCCAACUUCCUCUCCCACCAGACGCUGCGCGACAUCUCAUCCAACCGCGCGCAGUUCGUCACCUCGCUCAAGGACGCCGGCGUCCUCCCAGUCGACUACUCCGACGCCCCUGCCAACGUGUGGAACCGCAACGCCGCCAACCGCAAUCUCCUUCGCGCCCUCAUUGCCGGUGCCUUCCAGCCCCAGGUCGCGCAGAUAUCCUUCCCGGACAAGAAAUUCGCCAGCUCCGUCACCGGCACCGUCGAGGUCGAUCCCGAUGCCCGCACUAUCAAGUACUUCAACCAGGAGAACGGCCGCGUCUUCAUCCAUCCUAGCUCCAUCCUCUUCUCUGCUCAGGGGUAUCCCAGCGCCGCGGCGUAUCUGAGCUACUUCACCAAGAUGGCCACCAGUAAGGUGUUUAUCCGUGAUCUUACCCCAUUCAACGCAUACUCCCUCCUCCUUUUCUGCGGCUCCAUCAACCUCGACACCGUCGGCCGCGGCCUUGUCGUAGACGGCUGGCUCCGACUCCGCGGCUGGGCCCGCAUCGGCGUGCUGGUCUCGCGGCUGCGGACGAUGCUGGACGAGGCCCUCGCAGCCCGCUUUGACAAUCCCUCGCUGGGGGCUGAUAGCUCCAGCACGGGAGAUAGAGUGAUUGAAGCGGUGAAGCGGCUGAUCGAGUUCAAUGGGCUGGAUCAGUGA